AUGACUUUGUCACUACUUUUGCUACUAGCCGCGCUGGUAUUCUCUGGUUAUUGUGAGCAGGUUUGUGAUCUGUGAGCAUCUUGUCUAACUAAAGUUUUCUUACCGCUAAGACCAUGUAUUUUAUUGAAAUUACUUUGCUUUCCAAUAUUAUGACAUCCUCUUAUUGUGUGUCUAGACAGUUCCAUGACAUUUGUUUCUUGGUGUAGUAGGUAAUGUCAAUCAAAAAUGUUUGAAAGUAAAAGAGAAAAAUGUCGGCUCCACUUUAGCUGUUUUUUGUGCCGAGCAACUGGUGUCAGUGAUCAUGAGAGAUAGAAACAUACAAAACAACAUCUUUCAGAUUAAAAUAAGAUAUUUAUUACACAUUUCAUUUCAGAAAAAACUAAUUUUUGACUAUUUUAUAGAUUUCGGGUCCACCAGCAUGUCAAGACUUCUACGAGCACAUUUGCAGCAAAAACUACCCAAAAGUUCAGGCUAGACUGAAGGACAUCAGACAAGCUCAAAUACCAGAUGAUAUCGAUGUAGGCCCUCGUUUAGUCUUGUUUUAAAACCUCUAACAUUUUCAGCAAUACCAAGGAUACGUGUUCCCCACCAGAGAACCAGCCAAGUAAGAGUCUCAUUUGUGUACACAGUACAUAUAUCGAUCGUUUUCAGACGUCUUUGGGAAGUGAUCGACUUUGAUGUAGUUUCGAAAUGGCUCGUCCAGUUUGACACUUUCCGAGAUGGAAUUCAUUGGGUUAACCAUACGAAGCGACACGAAGAUUUUCUUCUGUUGGAAGCGGAUGCAAAAAAAGAACAACUCGAACGACUUCUAGCACCUCUUCAUUUCCAGGUUUUACUCAUUUCUUCGUUUAGAUCCAUCAAUUUGUCGUUUAGAUCUUUGCGAGAUUCUACAAAAGUUUGAAAACAUCUGUCGAAUAUCUGACUGAAAUGAAAAUUCCGGUGUCCACUCGAAAUCACUUCUAUCAUGGCCUAUUCGAAGAAGUCAGAGACAUUCACAUCUCUGAAAUCAAAGCAAACUCACAAUAUAAUAGAGAACAGAAACAAAUUCUGAUUGAUGAGAUCAAAAAAGUCAAAAUCAUCUUUCCAUACGUCGAAUACAACAAUGUUUCUGUCUGGCGGCAAGCAAAAACUGCAUACGAGAAGGAGUAUUACCGACUGAAAACUAUUAUCAAUGAAAGGUAAACGUGAUUUGAAUGGACUCGCAGAAAAUGUUUGUUAUUUUAGCAUUAUUCCGGAGGAUGUCGUUGAAAAAGUUAUUCGCAUCGCAUCUGUGAAUCCAACAAUGGAAAUAUUCGAAAGAUAUAUCAAAGAAUUCACUUCAAGAUUUAUAUUCCAGCACGUGAUCGCAGCACCUUCCAUGGACUCUUUCAACUAUCAAAAUGAAGUCCAUGUUUCAGUUUUCACAAUCAUGGAUCCCCAAAAGAACCCAGAGUUUGUGGUGAGAUCUUCUUCGAAGCAUGUGUUUUUGAUUGCAAUUAAUUCAGUACCACCAGUUUUUAUUCGUUUUGAAUCAUGAGCUCAUGCACGUACAUUUUAACACUGAAUCGCCUUCAUUUGAACACGAUAUCUGGAAAAAUGAGAAGCAAUGUCUGGUUGAUCAACUUAAUCUGUUUGGGAAAGAAUGGAAGGUAGAAGUUAACGUUCAUUCCAAAAAAACAAUCUCAUUUCACAGGCGAAUCAUUCUGAUUGGAGUGCUGAUCAAUUCGCAUAUGAAGACAUGUCAAAUAUUGCUGGAUUACGGUUGCUCGUCUUGUACACGGCUCAAAAAACUUCGGAUGAUCAAAAAGUAAAUCGUAACCAUAGUUUUUUCGAAAUUUUAUCGUAAUUUAGAUCAGAGAUUCAAUUGAGCGAUCGAUGGCUGCAUUUUGUACGAAUCAACGAGCGAACAAGGAGCACAAUCCCCAUGACGUUUCAAUCAAUGUGGCCGUCUCUCAAAUUCCAACUUUUAAUUCUCUAUACAAUUGCACUCCCGGCGAUCGGAUGUACUUGAAAAAAGACGAGCUGUGCCGAACGUUGAACAUGGACAUUGAUGGAAACGACUACACGACUCAGAAGGUGGAUGAGGAUGGACUGUUUGUUCUCACUCAGUUUAUGGAUGUUCUGGAGAACACUGCUGACGAGCUCGAUGCGGCAAACAUCACUUCUUUCGAAGGAAAACUGUUCGAUGUUACUGUCGAAGACGUGGAAGAACAGGAAGAGGCGUUGGAGGGAAGUGCGUCGAGUUCGGAGUCUUCGGAAAGUGAGGAGAGCAAAGAGAGUGAAGAGGAUGGGCAUCUUGAGGAUGCAUUGGAUGGUUCUGGCAAAGAUAUAGAACAAGCUGGAAUUGUGUCUUUGAGCAGGUAUCAUUUUAUUAGAAGAAAAACGUUAAAAGUGUUUUUUUUUUCAGAAAAACUUUCUUUGACAUCCUUUUUUCGGUACUGCUUCUGUUUGGUUUGUUUUUCCAUUGA